UUGAAACAAGAUCUAUUUCAAACACAAUGGUCUGACAUCCCAGUUUGGCUGGAUGACAUGAGCUUUUUUUCCUCCUCUCUGUAUCAGCUGGCACCUCAAAGUUUGAAUUCGGUUUCUGGGACUGAGGGGCCAGAGAUUUAAUUCAAUCUCUAUUUAAAGAGGCAGUGAUCCCAGAACAGCAAGGGAUUCUUCAAGGAGCUUGUUGUUUAAUAAGGAGAAGGAGGCAGAACACCAUGGAGACUUCUCCUGAAAUAGGUGCUGCCACAGAAUGCAGGGGAAGUGCUCCUGGAGACAGAGCAGACAGCACUCCAUGACUCUGAUGAAGGGAGAGGUGUAGGCGCCACAACAAGGUGGUGUUUGGUGUGGACCCUGAGGGAGGGAGAGAAGUCCACAGAUGGGAACAGGGUGAGGAGGAGAGUAUCAUGACUAAAAGCUCAGAGGGGGGAAACCUGGAGGUGGUCGGAGCACAGCAAGUGUGAGGUUGGGCUGAAGAGCAGACAAAGUGAGGACGUUAUCCUCAGGCAUCUCCAGGCUCAAUUACACGUUUCCUUGGUCCAGUAUUAAAAUCAGAUUUUAUUUCCUGAGCACACACAAAUGGACCUGGCAAAGCGAAGACAUAGAUGUGCUGUGUGAUGGGGGAAGCCACUCAGGAUUAAAAUACUGCCCAGAUAUCUCAGCCUCUCCAAGGUGCAGCCACCAUGAUCUCAGCAGACUGAUGAUGGAAGAAAAGGAAACAGGGAGAUCCUGUGCUCUGGCUUCCCUGGACGAUGGAUGGAGGACAGCCCAUCCCUUCGCCCCUAGCGCCUCUUGGGAAUACAUCAUCAGAUUCUAGCAUGUCUCUAGAACAGAAAACCACAUUUGUUUUUGUGAUUUUGUUAUUUAUUUUCUUGGGCAUCCUCAUUGUCAGGUGCUUCCGGAUUCUUCUGGACCCCUAUCGAAGCAUGCCGACCUCGACCUGGGCUGACGGACUUGAAGGCCUGGAGAAAGGGCAGUUUGACCAUGCUCUUGCUUAGCAGGGAGGGAGCAGGGUCCCCUCCCGACGAGGUGAAGUGCUUCAUGUCUUGGCGAGGAUUUCUCUUUAGUUGAUGUUCUCAACAAAUCAAGUUUUAACAAGAUCUGGCUCUAAGACCACAGUCUGUUACUAUUCAGUAAACACGCAGUUGGGCUAAAGACAUCUGAAAAUAUUGGAAAUGGAAGAUUAUGUUACUAACCCCAAAAUAGGAAGGUUUAAAUUUCUAUGUUUCCUCCAUAGAUGAAUAUUGUUGAAUGUGUGUGAUGGCGAAACAAAGAGCAUCAGUUCUGACAUAAACUUUGCCAUAAAAUGAAGCACUAUCUGACCUGACCAGAGAAUAAAAGGCUAGAAAGGAUCUGAUCUGAAUCUAGUGACAGGGCCCAGAAGAGACUUUCUUGCUCUAAUCAUCUUUCUCAGUUUGUCUUAUUUUUGUGGGAAUCUGGGUCCUGGGCAGAGAGUGAAGAAAACUGUGCUGAAUGGACCCAAAACAGAUCCUAGUUUUCUCCAAAAGCAAGGAGCAAUGGGCGGACCUAGAAGAGAUGACUCCAUCCUUGUGAAACACGACUGAGGAUGAUAUUCUUUUAUUUUUCAAAUAAAACUCAAUUCAAAGGCUUGUGGAAGUUUUAAAACUAUUUACCAAGCCAAGUACAUUCUAUGUAUUCAUAUUAAUAACAUGUGUAGAAGUAACUAUACAUAGCCUGAAUUUACUUUCUUUACACAAAUGAUUGAAAUAAAUAGUUUGCAAGUGCACCUUCAGGUUUUUUUUUUUUUUUAAUAAAAAGUUAAUUGUUUAGAGGAAAAGACUUUUACAGUCUUAAGAGGAAUGUGUGUUUAUGGCUGAAUAUAGAAACCAAAUAAAAGUUUUCAAGAAACAGAAGUGUCUCCUCUCUUAUUUCACCGAGGCUCAUGCCCGAGAGGCAGUGAGUUAUAUCGAAGGCUGAGGACUCACAGUGUCCUGAGAGAGAGAGAAAGAGCGAAGACCAUGAAAGGUCAUCUAAUUCCUCCCUCUCCCACUUCAGGAAGGGCUCCCACAAAUUGUCCUGCACACGUAAAACCUAUUCUGAGCACUAUUUAAGUCCACCAAAAAGAGAGAUGUGAAAACCUCUUACUCUAACGUCCAUUGGUAGGAAAACCUCAUAUCUAAACUAAACCCCUUAGGCUGUAGUUAUAGUCUAUGUCUUCUAAUUUUCUUCUCAGCUAGCCAUCACGUUUUUAAAUUAAAGUUUAAAAAGUCAACUAUGCCAAAAAAGGCAACCUUUAGUAAAACUGCUUUCUCAUCUCCUGUUUUUUUAACGUUUUUUGGGGGGUCCUGCUGCCCAGAUUUCCCUCCACCUCAUGUUCUCCCUUGACUUUUUUCUUUGUUUAAAAAAACCACAGAUUUUUUGAAAUAUAACUCCCAUACCAUAAAAUUUGCCCUUUAAGUGUACAAUUUGGUGUUUUUUACUAUAUUCCCAGAAUUGUGCAACCAUCACCACUAUCUGAUUCCAGAAUUCUAUACGCACUAGCAAUCACUUCCUAUCCCCCUUCUUCUUGGCCCCGGGCAACCACUAAUCCACUUUCUGUCUCUAUGGCUUUGCCAAUUCUGGACAUUUUGUAGACGUACAAUCAUAGAAUAUAUGUCCUUUUGUGUCAGGCUUCUUUUACUUUGUGUAUUUUCAGGGUAGGUUCAUCUAUGUUGUAGCACAAUCAGUACCUCAUUCCUUUGUAUUCCAUUGUUUGGCUAUACCACAUUUUGUUUAUCCAUCAGCUAUCAUGGUUAUCCAUUCGCUAGUAUAAAGAACACUUCUGUGAACAUUUGCGUACACGUUUUUGUAUGGAUGUGUGUUUUUAAUUCUCUUGAGUAUAUUCCUAGAAGUGGAUUUGCUGGGUCAUAUGCUAACUCUUAUGUUUGACUUUCUGAAGAACUAUGAGACUGUUUCCCAAGGCAGCUGCAUCAUUUUACAUUCCCACCAGUAAUGUAAGAGUUUUGAUUCUUUUCUUGACUCUCUCCAACUACUCAAAUUUCUUCUUUAGCUAUAGAAUUUAUAAUUGAACAUACCACUUCAAGAAUGAGUCAGAUUCAAGAGAGAGAAGCAUCUCAUGGUUUCUACUUGCUAAAAGUUCCUUGAUGUCUUCAGAGAUCCUUUGCUUCUAGAUCUAAAGCCAAACACUGAUGCUGAUCUGUGGUCAUUCUGUGGUCUGUUAAGUCACCUGAGUAUUUUUUCUGUCUAACUAAUACAUAUUUUUUAAACUCUAAUUAUAAAGCUUUCUUUUUCUUCAAA